AUUCGAUAACUAGCAUCUCCCAUCACUACGUCUGCACUGUGUUUAAUUUGUAUUGUACACUUUUUUCGAUGGUGGGCUCCAAUUUCGGAAUUAUUUACCACAACAGCGCCGGUGGCGCAAGCAGUCAUGGACAAUCCUCGGGAGGAGGUGGCGGUGGAGAUCGGGAUAGGACCACACCAUCUUCGCAUCUCAGCGACUUCAUGUCGCAGCUGGAAGAUUAUACUCCAUUGAUUCCGGAUGCGGUCACCUCGCACUAUCUCAACAUGGGAGGCUUUCAGUCGGACGACAAGCGCAUCGUUCGGCUGAUCAGCCUAGCCGCCCAGAAGUACAUGUCCGACAUCAUCGACGAUGCACUGCAGCACUCCAAGGCGCGCACCCAUAUGCAAACCACCAAUACACCGGGAGGAUCGAAGGCCAAGGACCGCAAGUUCACCUUGACCAUGGAGGAUCUGCAGCCGGCUUUGGCCGACUACGGUAUUAAUGUUAGGAAAGUGGACUAUAGUCAGUAGAUAAUGGCAUGCAUUGUAGUAGUUUUUUUCUCAUUAAAAAUAAUGUAUCUU